AUGGGCGACCCGGACAAGCCCCUGGGCUUCGCCAUCGACGAGAUGUCGCGGGAGGGCGUGCCGGCGUACCUCGACGUCCAGGCGACGAGCCAGGUGGACCCGCGCGUGCUCGACGCCAUGCUGCCCUACCUCGUCGGGUCCUUCGGCAACGCCCACUCGAAGACCCACUCCUUUGGGUGGGAGUCGGAGGAGGCCGUGGAGACCGCGCGCGAGCAGGUGGCGACGUUGAUCGGCGCGAAUCCGCGCGAGGUCGUCUUCACGUCGGGCGCCACGGAGAGCAACAACAUGUCGAUCAAGGGCGUCGCCCACUUCUACGGCAAGAAGAAGAAGCACAUCGUGACGACGCAGACGGAGCACAAGUGCGUCCUCGACAGCUGCCGGGUCCUCGAGACCGAGGGCUUCGAGGUCACGUACCUGCCCGUGGAGCGGGCCACGGGCCUCGUGAACCUCGAGGAGCUCGAGGCCGCCGUGCGGCCCGGGGAGACGGCCCUCGUGUCGGUCAUGGCCGUGAACAACGAGAUCGGCACGCUCCAGCCGCUCAAGGCCAUCGGCGCGAUCGCGAAGAAGGCCAAGGCCUUCUUCCACACGGACGCGGCGCAGAUGGUCGGCAAGCUGCCCUUCGACGUCGACGACGUCGGCGCGGACCUCGUGUCCAUCUCGGGCCACAAGCUCUACGGGCCCAAGGGCGUCGGCGCGCUCUACGUCCGGCGGCGGCCGCGCGUGCGCCUCGAGCCCGUCUUCUCCGGCGGCGGCCAGGAGCGCGGCCUGCGGUCCGGCACGCUGCCGACGGCGCUCUGCGUCGGGCUGGGCGCCGCCGCCGACGUGGCGGCGCGCGAGCUCGACAACGACAUGGCGCACAUCGCCAGGCUCUCGAAGCGGUUGAUGGACGCGGUCGACGAGCACAUCCCCGAGGUCGUGCUCAACGGCCACCCGACGGCGCGCCACCCGGGCAACGUGAAUCUGUCCUUCGCGUACGUCGAGGGCGAGUCGCUGCUCAUGUCCAUCAAGAACAUCGCCGUGAGCAGCGGCUCCGCGUGCACGUCCGCGUCCCUGGAGCCGUCGUACGUGCUCCGCGCCAUCGGCGUCUCCGAGGACCUCGCGCACACGUCCAUCCGCUUCGGCAUCGGCCGCUUCACGACGGAGCAGGAGCUCGACUUCGCCGUCGACCUCCUCAAGACCCACGUCGGCCGCCUCCGCGACAUGUCGCCGCUCUGGGAGCUCGUCCAGGAGGGCGUCGACCUCUCGACGAUCAACUGGACCCAGGACGCGGCGCACCACCACCACUGA